AUGGAGCAAAAGAAGCUGGCUGCACAAGCAGCUCAAACGGAGCAUGUAGAUGACCAGGAUGCUGAGGAUGAUUAUGCAGUGUCCGUUGACAUUGAGUUGUAUGCCAACACACACAAGAAGGCAAGUGAUGGUACUUGGGUGAGCGAGAAACCGAAAGCGAAUUAUGUAAGCCCUUCUGCUCCUCUUAUAUUGUGUACCUAG